AUAGGAGGCGGCGUUGCUGCCGGAGGGAAAAUGGCGGCGCUGGGGCGGCUGUGGCCGCGGGUGUUCGGCUGCGGAUUUUUCCUCUCCCCGCCGCCCCGCCCCGCUCUAGGCCGCCGCUUCCCUUUCGACCCUUCCGGUGCCGGUUCGGUGCCGGGGUCACCCUGGGCCCUCCCGCAGGUCCGCAGCAGAACCCGGGGGAACGAGUACCAACCCAACAACCGCAAACGCAAACGGACCCACGGCUGGAUCCGCCGGAUCAGCACCCCCGGCGGCGUGGCCGUCAUCCUCCGGAGGAUGCUGAAGGGAAGGAAGUCCCUGACCCACUGAAGGUUCUGCCGAACCGGGCCCGGAACCGCCGGGACAAAAAGCAGGGGUUCGGUUGUCCCCGGCACCGAGGGGUUGGGUGUUUCAAUAAGGGAGAUUUUCCGUGUUUUCUGUGCCUGCUUCAAAGAUAAAAGCUGCGGGGACACCGAAGCUUCGGUUUCCUGCGCUAAGAAACCCUAAAA